UUCCAUUCGCAUCUGUCAACGGCCUUCUCUGCAACUGUCCUUUUUUCGUAUUUCUCUCAAGAUUAAAAACCCUAAUUUGACCGCCAAAAACUCUGAAAUCUUCAAACACCCUCACCUGAAAAUGUCCACGUCACGCAGAUCCGUUCCUCUUCUGAAAACCCUUAUAACGCAAAGAACCCAUCGCCGAACCGUGACUUACAUGCCCCGACCAGGGGAUGGAGCCCCGAGACCCGUAACUCUAAUCCCAGGAGACGGAAUCGGACCGUUGGUGACAAACGCGGUGGAACAAGUGAUGGAAGCAAUGCACGCGCCGGUUUACUUCGAGAAGUAUGAGGUUCACGGCGACAUGAAGUGCGUGCCGCAGGAAGUCAUAGAUUCAAUAAAGAAGAACAAAGUUUGUCUGAAAGGAGGGUUGAAGACUCCAAUGGGAGGCGGAGUUAGUUCACUGAAUAUGCAAUUGAGAAAAGAAUUGGAUUUAUACGCUUCGUUGGUCAAUUGCUGUAACUUACCAGGAUUGCCAACCAGACAUGAAAACGUGGACAUUGUGGUAAUUAGGGAGAAUACGGAAGGGGAAUACUCGGGGCUCGAACAUGAGGUCGUGCCUGGCGUUGUUGAGAGUCUUAAGGUGAUAACAAAGUUUUGUUCAGAGCGGAUUGCAAAAUAUGCAUUUGAGUAUGCCUAUUUAAACAAUAGAAAGAAGGUUACUGCUGUUCAUAAGGCCAAUAUAAUGAAACUCGCUGAUGGUUUGUUUUUGGAGUCUUGCCGGGAAGUGGCGACCAAAUAUCCAAGUAUCAAGUACAAUGAAAUUAUUGUGGACAAUUGCUGUAUGCAACUUGUCUCAAAACCAGAACAAUUUGAUGUCAUGGUAACUCCUAAUCUUUACGGAAAUCUUGUUGCAAAUACAGCAGCGGGUAUUGCUGGAGGCACUGGUGUCAUGCCGGGAGGUAAUGUUGGAGCUGAUCAUGCUGUCUUUGAGCAAGGCGCUUCAGCAGGGAAUGUGGGAAAAGAAAAGAUAGUAGAGCAAAAGAAGGCAAAUCCAGUGGCUUUGCUUCUCUCCUCUGCCAUGAUGUUGAGGCACCUCCAGUUUCCUUCAUUUGCUGAUCGACUCGAAACUGCAGUGAAACGUGUAAUUUUAGAAGGUAUGGACCGGACUAAAGAUCUCGGUGGAGAUAGCAGUACACAGGAAGUUGUUGAUGCUGUCAUUGCUAAGCUAGACUGAUUGGUUGAACUCCUCCAUCGUGGACUCUUAAUAUUGUCAUUUGUACUCACAAAAAAGAGAGAUGGAGAUGAUGGUUCAUCCGCCAUGGGAGGAACUUCCUCAUGACAUAUGGGGUUUAAUCUUUCAGCGCCUCCCAUUAGUGGAUCGUGUUCACUCCAGCGUCGUAUGCAAACAAUGGAGUUCAGCCCUCAAGCGAGCUCCUCGACCCGCUCGGAAUCUACUGCACCUCGACGAUGAUAGUAAAGAUUGGGAUCACAUGAUUAUAACCUACUUUGACUUGAGUGAAGGCACAAUUGGAAAUCUGAAUCUCUGUGAGCCAUUACCAAAUGGGGAUGCUACCGGGGCUUCCAAAGAUUGGCUUGUAGAACCAACGAAGGGCACGACAAGUAACAAUCUACAAACUUUUCUGCUUCAUCCAAUUGCAGGGGUUCAAAUUCCUCUAGCUCCCUUGUCAACAAUAAGAUCGGCUUCAGGAGAUUCAUAGCCUCAAAUUCCAUGCGAUCGGGUUGCAACAUUCCAAGUAUUCAAGGUUGAAGCAAGUGAUACACUAUGCUUAAGGAAGUUAAGCAACCAAACAUUGUUCAUCGAUGGAGCGGAUGCAGUAUCCCUUCCAAGUGAAUAUUUUGAUAGCAAUCGCAUCUACAUUUUGGAAAAUUCAUUUAAAUAUACAGACGAAGGUUGGAAACUAAUUACUUUUUUC